CUUUUUCUUCUUUCUAAAAAGACAAACUUUAUCCCGAGCCGGUAACUUUCUCCGGUCAACUCGAGCACCAAUACGCUUCGUUCGUCGUCCCCAAUCUUCCUACGGAAAGAUAAAUAGAAAUUGCAGAAUCUGAGAGAAAAUUAAAAGAAAUGGAAAAUGACUCCUUGCAAACAUCCCUGACAUGGCUUCACGGUGUUCUACGAGGUAAAAUAGGCCAUGGACUGGAUACCAGGGUCCUUGAAGGGCUGCGCGUUGUCCAUGCUGAAAAGGGGCUUAUGCGAUUUGAUUUAGUCGUUCCAAAUGGUGUCUCGGAUGUUGAUGGAAAUUGGCAUGUUGGAGCUUUAGCUUCGUUGCUCGACCUCCUCGGAGGCGUUGCCAUUUUCUCGUUUGCGAAUCGUAUAAUCACUUCAGUCGAUUUCAACGUUUCGUAUUAUUCAACAGCCAAGAUUCAAGAACAUGUAGAGAUAGAAUCAAAGGUUACUGCAAACAGAGGAAAGCUUAUUCAUGUGGUGGUUGAAGUUAAAAGGAAAGGGAAUGGAGAGGUAAUUGCUGUAGGAAAACAAUGGAUGGCUUCAAAUAAACUCACUGUUGCUCAACUGAGCAAUCUUUGACGACUUAAACCGUGUUCUUAUCAUCUCUUGGACAUAUAAUAAACAUGUUCUUUUGUUGCUUUCGAAUCCGAGACUUGGUUCAGAUAAUUUAUGCCGUCACCAUUGUUCCCGGA